AAAAAGCAGUCAGCACCAGAUCAGGCAUGGUGAAACCAAUGAAAAGUGUACCAGAGGCUUUCACUAAAGACCGACAAGGUACAAGCUGUUCCCUGCGUGCUUGCUACAGUAAAUCCACUCCGACCCAGGAGUCUGUUCCCAGGUUAUCUGUCCUGCUUCAAUCAUCAACAAAUGGGAGCAAAUCUCAGCCCCCUGUCAAGUCAUCCUUCCUGACACCUUACAAAAAGUCUGACACCAGUAUGUCAGGAACUGGCACAAAUCCUGAAACAUGUAAUACAGUAAAUCAAGCUUCGAGGAAACCCAUGCCAAGAUUUAUACCUAAAUGUCUGUCUGUACACCAACCUGAUCUAGUGAAAUCCAAAACCACUGCUAGUCCUACAUUAAAUAAGGAGGGUGCAAGUGAGAAUCAGCAGAAAUCCAAAGGCAAUGAGAAAGCAGAUAUUGUUGAUAUUGCAAAAUUAGUGGAAGAAGCAAGAACACAUCAAGCAGAAUUAUUGAAGGUCAAAGAGAAAACCAAGGUCAGUCCAGAUCCUGGGCGACUUUAUACAGUGAAAGCAGGCAACAGGAGAGUGAGGAUGAGGGAUGUGAUCAAACUACAGACAAGAUGUGAAGGCAAACCACAGCACAACCUAAGACCCCGGUUUGGAGAUGUUCGGGCUGCCACAGCUGUACAACACAAGUUUUACCUGCCAGACUUCUACACAAACUUGCGAGGACAUGUGUAUGUUGGUGAUGGGGCCUACCUCGUCCCUGAUAAUGAACUCUAUGCUGGCAAGGAGGAACUCUUCAG